AUGGCCGAGACAGAACAGCGUAUCUCGUCCGACAAGACGGAGACGCAGCGCGUCGAAGAGACAGAGGCCGCACAGACGCGUGGGCAGGGCAGCGCGGAGACCGACAUCGACGCCGACGAAGGCGACGUCCGCCCGCCCGGCUACUGGACGUCGUUCCGCUUCAUCGGGUCCGUCCUGGCCAUUGUCCUGCUGGCCAACAACCUGUUCAUCGGCUACUCCAUGCCCGCCAGCAUCCUGUCGGUCAUCGGCACCGACUUGGGCGCCGGCACGUCCAUCUCGCUGGCGUCCCUCACCCUGACCCUCAUCAAGGGCGUCUGCCUCCUGCUGGUCGGCAGCAUCAGCGACGUCGUCGGCCGCCGCUAUUUCCUGCUCGGCGGCCAGCUCGUCAACUUUGUCGGCGCCGUCGUCGCGGCCCGCGCCACCAACGUCCGCACGCUCAUCGGGGCCAGUGCGCUCGUCGGCCUCGGCCAGGCCACGCAGCUGCUGUACCCGAUGCUGCUGCAGGAAAUCGUGCCCAACAAGUACCGCGGCGUCAGCCAGGGCCUGCUGUCGCUGGCCAUCUUCCCGACCAUUGCGCUGGGGCCGGCCUUUGCGCGCUUCAUGGCCGCCAACCCGGCGCUGGGCUGGCGCGCGCUCUACUGGCUGGACGCCAUCACCGUCGGCCUCUCGUUUGUCCUCUUCGCACUCUGCUACUUCCCGCCCGGCUUCCGCGAGCUGCAGGGCGGCCGCACGACGCGCCGGUCCAUCCUCAAGCACAUUGACUACGGCGGGUUUCUGCUCUACGCCGGCGGGCUCGUGUGUCUGCUGCUCGCGCUGGCCUGGGGCGGCAGCACGUAUCCGUGGCGCAGCGCGACGGUUGUGGCGCUGCUCGUCGUCGGCGUCGUCACGCUCGUGCUCUUCGCCCUCUACGAGAUCUACAUGCCGCUGCACACGCCGCUGCUGCCCAUGGAGCUGUUCAAGAUCAAGAACUUUGUCGUCGCCGUCGUCGUCGGCUCCUGUGGCCAGAUGUCGUGGUAUGCCCUCAACCUGCUGUGGCCAUACCACAUCCAGAAUCUGUACACCACCGACAACAGCAAAGUCGGAUGGAUGUCGUGCAUCACCGGCAUCGCCCUGGCCACCGGCGAGCUCACCAUGGGCUUCUUUUGCCGAAAAGGCGGCCGCAUCCGCCUCCAGAUGAUUGUCUGCGUCGCCCUCUACACCGCCUUCAGCGGCAUCAUGGCCGUCGCCAACCAGCACCGCGAGAGCCUGGCCGUCGGCAUGAUCACCACCAUCGGCUUCUGCGUCGGCUGGAUCGAGCUCAUCACCAUCGUCGUCGCCGCCCUCGUCGUGCCCCCCGACCAGAUCGGCACCGGCUCCGCCUUCUUCGCCAGCACCCGCGCCACCACCAGCACCAUCGUCACGAGCAUCUACGUGGCCAUCUACAACAACCGCUACCCGGCCCUCAUGAAGCCCGACAUCACCAAGGCCGUCGAGGCCGCCGGCCUGCCCGCGUCGAGUCUCCCCCGCCUCUUUGACGCCAUUGCCAACGGCACCGCGGCGGCUCUGCAGGCCGUUCCGGGUUUCACGCCGGCCGUCAACGACGCCGUCAUCGACGGCCGCAAGUCGGCCUACGCCACCGCCCUUGCCGACGUAUAUCUGACCAGCAUCGCCUUUGGCAUGAUUGCCCUGUUGACCAUCUUCUACGGCCGCGACGACAUCGAGUCCAAGUUUACCAACUUUGUCAACAAGACCGUCGCGCACGUGGGCGGCGACAAGGCCGAGGACCUGGAGCGAGAGAAGGUCGCUCAGUUGUAG